UGAAGCAAUGGAAUGUUGUCAUUUUUAUCUGGUUUACGUAAAAAUUCAAUGAUUAACAUUGGGAAUAGUAAAUGUAGUGAUUACAACACAUAAUUAUUACGCUCAAGUAUCAUGCGAACUUUUGUGAAGUCCAUUUGAAAUUACAUUACACUGUGAAAGCUUCAAAUUAAUAUUGGGCGUCGUCAGGUUAGGUCUUUUCACAAUAAAAAAGAAAAAAAUAUACACUGGCGGUUUUGUCACCUUGUAUCGCCAUGAUGGAUGACGACGAACAAGAAGACGGACGAUGUAUGGGUGGUAGUGAUGGCGAGAUCGAAGAGUACACAGAUACAGAAGAGUCACCUUAUGCAGCAACUUAUCAGUCAACAGACAAGCUCUUUGAUACAGACCAAUCAUGCUGGCAAAGGUUUAGUUUCCUCAUCACCCUUGUGAUUGUCGCAGCGUCCAUUACAUCCUCCGUUAUCACUUUACCUCUGUAUCUUGAGAGUGUAAACACUGCAGCCAGCGCGUACACUGGACUGCUAUUUAUAGCUUUUUUAUCUACUUGCAUCCUUGGAUUCAUCUUCUUAGUUGUCGAGAGGAUUUCACCUCCACCAACGCUUGUUCCCAACAGCUUGAAAAUAAAAAUCCCAAGAUGUAGCUUGAUAAAGAUAAGCAGCUUUUACGCACUCGCGGGAAUACUUGUCACCCUCUCUUUAGAUCAAAAUCGGGUACUUUGUCAUCUCCAAGACCCCAUCAAGGGUAUUACACUUGUCUUCUCACUUGUCUAUUAUUUCUUCUUUUGUCGCAAAAUGAUGAGUCUCCAACGUAUCUUUUCCAGUACGACAAUUAUUGUUGGACUUUUUAUAAGUGUUGAUUACGAACUUUGUGAUGAGUUUCGUUGUAGAGGAAGAGAAGUAACGGGUCAUUCACUGGCAGUCAAAGGAUCCUGGGGAAUUCGAGCAAUUUGGACUUUAGUUUACGUUGGAUCAUUUGCAGUUUUUGCCAUGUUUUUCACUUUACUUGAGCUUCACUUCACUACAGGACAGCAGAGUGCCUGUCGAUUAUUGACGACUCAGCACAAUUCUUUCCUCUAUACCGUUUCACGAUUGGUAUCAUCUCGAGACAUCAGACGUAGAGGUUCUGAAGAAGAAGGAGGCCGCUUAUUACAUGUCACCGAUCCUGACCCAACGAUCAAGCAAAAACAGUUACCCAAACCUCCAAUCAUUCGGACUCUUUUUCAUAUUCAUCUCAUUUCUUUUUUGAUUAUACUUGUCUUCUAUUGGAUUGAUACACUUCCAGGAAUUGGCAGGGGUCUCACACCAAAGGAAUUAUACAACAUUCUUGAACACGGAUUUAAAUGCCAUUUCAGAAGCAGUAUCUCUUGCUCUAAUAUAGCCAGUCACGGAUGGAUAUUUCUUUUUUCUUAUAUCGGUUUUUCCAUCUCAGUCUUGAAUUUUUUGUCCAUGUGUGAAAGUGCAGUGUUCACAGUUGCUGCAACUACUAUUUCAUUGCCUCUCUCUGGUAUAUGGUGGAGUAUUUACAAAAUGAAUGUAGGCCCAAAUGGAGGAACAAUUUCCUGGUCACCUGGAGUUACUGGUGAACUUAUUUGUGCACUAUUGGGUCUUCCAGUUGUAUUACUUGGACUUGGACUUCUUAUUCGUUCACACUUCAAGGACACACAGCCUGUCUAUCAAAAUAUUCCUGCACCAGACAUACAUCGAGAGGUAUAUCAUAGAUGAAUAUAAGUUUUUUAUUGAGACAUUUUAAAUAUGAUUGUUCAAUACUUCUAAAAAAAAAAUUAAUAUUAGCCAAAUUAGAUGAAUGAAAGUAUACGCAAUCAUCGAUAUAAUACGCAAUGCAUAAAAAAAUAUUUAACAUAAAUAAAAGACAAAAGGUUUAAUAUUUCCUAUGUCAUGCCAAAAAUACACCGAGCCAUAAUAUCGUCGAUUUAUAUCUUGUUGUUACACGUAGCUCUUGGACUUUUUACUAUUUAUCUUUCUUACAUUAUAUACCUAGAAACAUACAAAAUUUUUCCAUAUUUUUUCUUUAGGUGUUGUUGAAUUGAAAUAAAUAUUUUAUAAAAACAUAUAAAAUAUUUGAACGUAGUUUUAUAACAACAAAAGAAUACAAUAAAAAAUUUGGUGAUUUUCUUACCACAAUCAAAUAAGAAAUACAAUAAUUUCUAAAACUAAGUACCAGUUUCUUAGACAUAAUUAGAGAACACAAAAAUUCUUUUUUAUUACCAAAGAAAAAUUACGGUGUAUAGAUUAUAUUAGUGAUACAAAAGUGUUUGUGAUGUUUUAGAUAUAAUUCAUUCACUUUAAAAAUUAUUUUUGUUCUCAUAAAAAUAUGCUCAACUUUGUUUGCCAUUGCUUCAUCAUACAUCAUCUGAAUAUUCCAUGUUAACAUAUUUGCCAAAGAUAUCAGUAUUUACUGCUACAAUUUAACCAUUAUCGAAACAGUAUUAUAUUCUAAUGUCUAGUAUAGAUUAUUCGGAUGUUAUAACAUAUGAAUUAAUUAACAAUGUCAGAUGUUUGCAAAUUAUUUAUUACAUAAUAGUUUUGCAAAAAAUUUAAAUAUAUUAAAGGUCUUAAAAAAUUGAUUAAGUAGUGAAUUUUAAAAUUCACAA